AUCAGAUAAGAAAUGGGAGUGUAGGUGUGGUUUAUUACACAAAGUCUAAUAUAAGGAGCUGUUGUUGCAGACAGACUUCACUUCACUUCUUCAGCUCAGCAGCAGACCAGCUCUUCUCUCCAGAACCAACUAUGGCCAGCAAAGAUGCCACAAGUGAACCAACCAGAUUCAAUAAUGAGGAGAUCAGGAUUGUGAUGGUGGGGAAGACUGGAGUUGGGAAGAGCGCCACAGGAAACACCAUUCUGGGAAAACAGAGCUUUGAAUCAAAGUUCUCCCCUAAAUCUAUGACCAAACAGUGUGCUAAGGCCUCUGGUGAGGUGGAUGGACAAAAAGUUGCUGUCAUCGACACUCCAGGUCUGUUUGACACCAGGAUUGAUCAAAAGGAAACAGUUAAAAAUAUUGCCCGGGGCAUUUCUUAUGCUUCUCCUGGACCUCACAUCUUCCUAGUCGUCAUCAAACUAGACAGAUUCACAGAAGAAGAGAAGAAGACGAUAAAGAAGAUUCAGGAAAUCUUAGGAGAGGAAUCAGACAAAUACAGCAUGGUUCUCUUUACCCAUGGUGACCUGCUCAAAGGGAAACCUAUUGAGGACUGCUUGGCAGAAUGCAAGAAGCUUCAGGUACUUGUGGCCAGAUGUAACGGUCAGUACCACGUCUUCAAUAAUAGGCUGAAAGAUCGUUCUCAGGUCACAGAGCUGCUGAACAAGAUCAGAAAUAUAACAGAGAAGAACGGAGAAAGCCAUUACACCACUGAAAUGUUCCAAGCAGCAGAGAAGGCGAUUGAAGAGGAGAAAGAACGAAUCCUGAAAGAGAAAGAAGAGGAAAUGCGCAAAGAGAGGGAGGAACUGGAGAAGAAAAUAAAGGAAAAGUACGAGGAAGAAAUACAGAAAGUGAAGGACGACAUGAAGCUGUGAAAGAGAACUGAAAUACAAAUGAACAACUGAAAAGGAAAAAUGAAAGGCAGGCUAGGAGGGAAGCAGAAAACGGCAAUAUCUUACAACUGAUAGUUGUGUUGAUUGAAAAAGCAAUGAAUUAUUUUUUGUCAAAAUGAACUCUUUCACUUUGUGAUGAUGGACUGUGCAGCAGAUUAACGAACUAUAAUAUUGACAUUCCAGGUUUCGGGAUUCUCAUUGGGCUUGAUUUGUAAUACUAGCAUUUACUUUAUGUGUAUUGCAUAAGAAGAUUUAAAUGUUUAAUGUGUUUAUCCUCUCUUGUAAGGAGCUUCACAUCAUAGUACUGGAUUUUGUGGAUUUUAAUAUCUGUUUAUAUAUUUUUGAUCGAUAGAUUGUCUUUUGCCUUCAUAUUUUUGCACUCUUAUAUUUGCAAUUUUCCGCUGCUGCUGCACAACAAAAUCCUUUGGGAUAAAUAAAGUUCAUAUCAUA